GUCUCCCCCCCCCUUGUUGCUAAGGCCCAGACCGUCAUCCCAGCAACAGCCUCAGUCAUGUGACCGGCAAUGGCGGCGCUGACGGGAGUCCUGGUCAGCUGAGUGUGGAACUAGAGGGAUUUCUGCUGCUCUCGUUGUCCAUGGGCUUUCCAGGUCACACAACCUACAAGUAGGGAGCAGGGACAGUGAGAGAGAGCCUGCAUGCCAAUUCUAAGCUCUUCAGGAUCAAAAAUGGCAGCCUGUGGAGGCACCUGCAAGAACAAAGUGACCGUCUCCAAGCCUGUGUGGGACUUCCUGAGCAAGGAGACCCCAGCCCGGCUGGCCCGGCUUCGGGAGGAGCACCGUGUGUCCAUCCUCAUAGAUGGCGAGACCUCUGACAUCUAUGUCCUCCAGCUUUCCCCGCAGGGCCCUCCCCCGGCCCCUCCCAAUGGGCUCUACCUGGCCCGGAAGGCUCUCAAGGGGCUGCUAAAAGAGGCGGAGAAAGAGCUGAAGAAAGCUCAGAGGCAGGGCGAGCUUAUGGGCUGCCUGGCUUUGGGGGGUGGCGGGGAGCACCCUGAGUUGCACCGCCCAGGGCCCCCCCCCCCCCCCCGCCGGCCGGCCCCCCUCCGCCCCCCCGGGGCCCGGGGGCUUCCCCCCCCUCCUCCUCCCCUCCCUCCUCCCCUUCCUCCCCGCCUUCGGGAGGAGGCUGAAGAACAGGAGAGCACCUGCCCCAUCUGUCUGGGGGAGAUCCAGAACGCCAAGACAUUGGAGAAGUGCCGGCACUCAUUCUGUGAGGGCUGCAUCACCCGGGCCCUGCAGGUGAAAAAGGCCUGUCCCAUGUGUGGCCGCUUCUAUGGGCAGCUGGUGGGCAACCAGCCGCAGAAUGGGCGGAUGCUGGUCUCUAAGGACGCCACGCUCCUGCUGCCCAGCUAUGAGAAGUACGGCACCAUCGUCAUCCAGUACGUCUUCCCGCCCGGUGUCCAGGGGGCUGAACAUCCAAACCCAGGAGUUCGGUAUCCUGGCACCACAAGGGUGGCCUACCUCCCGGACUGCCCUGAGGGCAACAAGGUGCUGACCCUGUUCCGCAAAGCAUUUGACCAGCGUCUCACCUUCACCAUCGGCACGUCCAUGACCACAGGGAGACCGAAUGUCAUCACCUGGAACGACAUCCACCACAAGACCAGCUGCACAGGGGGACCCCAGCUGUUUGGGUACCCGGACCCCACCUACCUGACCCGGGUGCAAGAAGAGCUGAGAGCCAAGGGUAUCACAGAUGACUGAAGGACAUCCCCUUUGCCAAGCCCUUGUCUUUCUCCAUAGGACCCAGCGGAAGCCUCUGUUCUCCUCUCUCCCUCUGCCCCCCACACCACACAAACAGGGGAUCAGUCUGACUUGGGGAAGGAGUUCAGAGAGGGAGGGGGCAAUCCCUUCCCCUGUCCCCCACAGGCCAAGUGCUUCAGUGCAGUGAGCCACUCCCUUCUGGCGGAGGGAUCUCCCAGGCUCUUCUCCCCUCCUCCCCCUGUACAUACUCCCAAUUUCCCUACCCCCUCCAUUGCCCUUGGCUUUUUCUGGUAUGUGCUGUGCUCCAGUGACUAAGCUGAGAAAGGACCUGGGUGGGGAAGGAGGGUCUCUUGAGCCCCUGCCCCCACAGACUGCUCCACUGCUGAACUUAGCUGUAGGGGAGGAGGAAUGGGGCCGAGGUGUGCCCCCAAGAAGCCGGCCUUGUGUGUUCUUCAGAAACAGUCCCCCUUCUACCUUAACCUUGUCCUUUCUCUCCUGUGUCUCCCUCUGUCCGUCUGUCUCCCGCUCUUCUCUGCCCCCUAUAAGGAGCCUCCUUACCCUGUUCUGGAAUCGCCGCCAGACUGUAGCUUUUAAUUUAAUAAAAAUAAAAUAAAAUAUGCAAC